AUGUCCGAACGAAUUCCCGGCAGGUUUCUUUUUUUUUUUUUUUCAUGGAGACCACCCCUUCUAAAUGCUCUGUGGCUUUUUUUUUGGGGGUGGGGGGUGUUGGGGGCAGUCUGCCUUAGAAAUUUGUUCAUCGUUUUUGGUUUCCUUGAAUGGAUUCAACCAUUAACAUCCGACACGACGACAAGAUAUAACAUUGCUACCAAGGUUUCGGUUCCUUCUGGGGUCGUGUUUUUACAACCUUGCCGGCGCCGCGAUCCUAUUAUUAUGAAGGGUGGGUUCGCUUUGAACCCUAGUGCCGUUUUGUUCCUGGAAAUGUCCAGCGGGAAACGUUUCGCCCGGUCAAAUAAGUUUUAG